GUGGAAGAUGCAAAAAGGAAUAUCGCUAUCAACGAAAAUUUAAGCAACUUUCAUUUUGUCGACAUCGUCUGCGUAGAUACUGGGACCAUUUAUGCAGAUGAGGUAAAUUUAUCAGCAUUAAGAACCAGUGGACCUGUUCAAGUUAUGAUCGGAAAUGAAGAUAGGAAGUUUCCAUCUUAUUUAGAGACUGAUGAAAAAGAUCCUAUUUGUCCAGAUGAUGAUGAACCCAGAUUCCGAAUGCCUUGUCGCCAUGCUACAACGCCUGAUAACCUAUUCUUAAGGAUGAAAUCUUCACUAAGCGGUGAAGGAUCUUUCCCAGUUAGGUGCACAACUCCUGGAUGUGACAUGGUGUGGGAAAUAUCGGAUAUAAUGAAGAAAGCUGACCUAACGGAAGAUGAGAAAAUAUUCUUUUAUGCAAAGUCGUCUCUAGUUUCUAUGAGGAAUCUUUAUGUUGAAGCUUGUCCCAGAUGUAGCACCUAUUGUCAGACUAACGCUGGGAGUCAAAUAGUUCGUUGCACCAUAUGCACUGAUUAUAAAUUCUGCAUUAAAUGUAAAGAUACAUGGGAAGAUGGCCAUAAAUGUAAUAGUAAACAUGCAGCUGAGAUUCAAAAAAUUCUAAAUGAAGCAGCACAAAAGACUAUUUCGUUUUGCGGCGUAGAGGGAGUUCCAUCUACUCGAAUGUGCCCCUCGUGCAAUCGUUUGAUAGAACACGACUCGAUGUGUAAACAAAUGACAUGUCCAUGUGGUACACAAUUCUGCUUUGUAUGCCUCACACUUUGUAAAAAUUCAGUUCUGCAGUGCUCUGUUUAUAGUGCAAAAUGCCCUAUAGCUCCCAUUCAAACCUUCGAACUCAACUGACUAUGAACUAACAUGAAACUUUUUUGUUUCAUUGGGAUGCAAUUUCGUGGAGAGGGUUUCCGUACAUUGAAAUAUAUAAAUUGUAUAUUUUGUUGUGGUUUGAAAUUCUUGGGGCAGAAGUACCCACGAAAGUUGAGCCCCAAAUAUGUUCAACGAUACCACAGUACAAUGUCGAUCGCACGAAGUGUUUCUCCUAUGUACAUACAUCUGCACACUUCAUCAAUAUCUAACAUAUCUAUGUGUGUUUUUAUAGACCUGAUACCUGUAGUUCUUUCAGGAGGUGACACCGCGCUUGUUAAAAAUGUCAGCGCUUUGGGAAUCUUGAUUUGGUUUGCACGUAUUUCAUUGUAUAUAAUUUAUACCAGAGGAUGAGAAGCAAGUUCUUCUCAUUAUAACCUAAUGCAUGUAACACACAAUUGUCAUUGUAAAAACAUAUACAGAGAAUACAAUAAUGGUAAGUGUUCUAUAGAUAAACAAUGCAAUAUGAUAUGAUCAUCAGUUAAAUCUUAGUUUCAUGAAUAUACGUCUAAUCUGCUAAUAUAUAAAGACUAACUGAUAACUUAAAUAGUUUAUAGAUAAAUGGAAAAUGAUAAUAAAUGAUAGUAGUAGUAAUAAUAAUAAUGAUAAUGCCUUUAUUUAUCCAGGAUAACACAAAUCAGCAUGGUUGGUUUCCAUUGUGGUCCUGCAUAGAGAAAAACAUUAACUAUAACAGGUUUGCACACACAUCUACAUAACUGUUAAAAGUUUCCAAUUGCACCAUGAUGUUGUUCUGUUGUGUUACACAUUUCGUUUAUGGACAAGUUAAAAGAAAGUAUGGGUACAGUCGAAAGCCUUUUUUUAAUAUAUAGACAUUGUUUCAAUGAAGGGAAGGGUGGAUCUGUAGCUCUCUGAUCUGUCCCAAUAUUUUUUUCAGAGAGCUAAAGUUCUGUGGCGAGCAUUUUAAAAAGUGUAAUAACCUAUUUGAUACUUUUCACUCAUAUGGAGACGUCACCAUUGCCGAUGAUCUCUCGUAAAUUGAAAUAAAUACACAUUUCUAACUUUUAUCAGAGAACAGAGCGAGUAUGGAGUUAAAUAAUUUUGUAUUCCUUAUAGGAAUUAUGAGACUGAUAUCUGUUCGCCAUAUUCACCUUUUUAUGCGGAAGCUACCUUAGCAAUGUCACUGCUUUCAAUUUUCAUGCAUUUAUGGUAUUCCUGUAGAUACUGAGUGACGUUAGAUGUUAACGCUGCUUAUUGAUACAUACAUGUAUAAAGUUUGAUAUCCAAUUACUAAACCGGGUCUAUGAUCUUCAGCCUUGGUAGUAAAUGAUAGCUUUCAAAUGAUUCUAGUAUUUACAGAUUUAUGUUUUCAACUGUUUUUGCAGAUAUUCAGUCGUAGAUGUCGUUGGAUUUGAGGUGUUAUAAAAAUUAAAGAUUUUA